UUCCCACCUAAGCGUUUAAAAGGGAGGAGGGAGUGCUUGUCAAGGAAUGCCUCAGAGCUGUGAAAACAGGCAGCCCCGAGCGAAAGAGCAGAGAGUGUGGAUGUGAGUGGAGAGAGAGAGAGGGAAAGAGAGAGAGAGAGAGAGUUAAAAUCUAACGCCACAGACUGUGUGUGAGGGAGGGUGUGUGUGCAUGUGUGUGUGGGUCUGGGUCUGAGAGAGGGAGAGAGAGAGGGAGAAAAGACCAGGGAAGCCGCCUCACACGUCACACCUCAGAGAGGGAGAGAGAGGGAAGGACUGAGAGAGAGAGAGAGAGAGACAGAGUUACACCACAACUGGAGAGUGUGUGCUCAUACACUCCCCUCUCUCAGGCAAACCUUCAGACUUCAGAGUCUUAGUCAGACACAGACAGAGAGAGGAAUAGAGUGGGGGAGAGGAGGAGAAAAGAAAGACAGAAAGAAAAGAGAGAGAGAGAGAGAAAGUGAUAUUUCCACAGGUGGACGCAAGCUUGCCCAGUGAUGUGCGUUUAAAAACCCGAUAAGGCGAAGCGGAUACUCCCAGCGCUGCAUUACCUCAGCGUCGGCACCGAGCAGCUGAUCUCCUGCACGCCGCACGCCGACUCUCUCUCUCACACACAGUCCUCCUGCACAGAGCGCCCGGCUUUGCUUGCACUGCUUGCUCUUGCGUGCGAGCGCAUGUGUGUGCGAAAGGGUCACUUUUUCCUUGUGCACCCCAGCGUUUGGUCCGCCUGAGCCUGCGUACGAAAGAAGAACCUGUCCAGUUCUUUUUUUUUUCCCCCCAACGAACACCACCAGCAGCAGCAGCAGCACCACCAGCUGAACAUGGAUCAGCCAGCCAGCAGCUGCAUGAGGAGCUCACACCCGGCCAACCCCAUCUGGGGCUGCGUGCGAAGCCCCCACUCAGGGGUCCCCACCGGCGGGCUCCAGCCCUACCAGCAGGCCCCCUUCGCUCUGCACCAGAAGCCCGACUUCCUGACCUCCUACACGGACUUCUCCAACGCCUGCCUGGUGCCGUCGCCGCACGCGUACCCGCGCGACGACAGACUCUACCCGGAGGCCCACGCUGCCGCCGCCGCCGCCGGUGGUGGCUACCAGUCCAGGCCCGAGUGGCAGUUCGGGCCCUGUGAGCCCAGGGGCCGCGGGCAGGAGCCGUGCGGCCAGGCGGCCACGGUGGGCGCCGGGGCCGGAGUGGCGGGAGGUCCAGAUAUGGACAGUGCGGGAGGGGAGAGGCUGCCCGGUGGAGGGCCUGUGAGCGGAGGCCUGGAGGGCGACUACUCGCCACAGAGCCUGGGAGUGGGAGAUACAGAGAAGAAGCACGCCAAGAAGAAGAGGGACAUCACAGAUAUUCAGGACUCCAGCUUCAAGGCCGACUCCAACUGCAAGGCCAGGAAGGAGCGCACGGCGUUCACGAAAGAGCAGCUGAGGGAACUGGAGGCCGAGUUCACCCACCACAACUACCUGACGCGUCUGCGCCGCUACGAGAUCGCCGUCAACCUCGACCUCACGGAGAGACAGGUGAAAGUGUGGUUCCAGAACAGGAGGAUGAAGUGGAAGAGAGUCAAAGGAGGACAGCCUGCCUCCCCCCAUGACCUGGAGGCCGAUGACCUUGACUCGGCUGCCUCGCCCAGCUCGGAGUGAAGCGGGCCUCCGUGACGCUUUUUUUACCACCCCCUGCCUCCCGCCCUCCUUUCUGGGCCACCAGAGACACCAAAACUCCCUGGCACGUUGGACUGACUGACUGGGAUGGCACGAUGGCCAUCAUGAACUCUUGUUCGAGUUUUUGUUUUCUUUUGUUGUUAACCCCCAGUGUGGGACCGCCCACAUGGACACUCUGGCCAGAGACUUGGAACAGUCCAAGA